CAGCAUGAUUCUGAAAAUUUUUCUCUUGGUCAUCUUUGCGGGUGAAUGUACUUGUCGAGUCGUGAGACUGCACGAGAACUGUAGAGAUAACGUCUGCUACUUUGAAUUUAACGUCGAUUACAAGUUCACUAUGAUGUGGUACAACUAUACAGAUAUUAAGGACCCGGAUUAUAACCCUGUCGUCCUUAGAAAUGGACUCCUGCAGAGACGGAUCACAAAUAUUUCCUGUUCGGAUACUUUCAUUCCCCUUACAAGAAAAGAGUUCAAAGAAAACGUUAGCCCUGGAGACGGUAAUUACAAGUUGGCUCUAGCUUUCAACGGACAAAUACCUGGACCUAAUAUUGUUGUUUACGAGGAUCAAAUUGUUUCUAUCCUCGUGCACAACCUUUUGGAGGUGGAGGGAGUGACAAUUCACUGGCAUGGAAUUACACAAAGAGGAACGCCUUUUAUGGAUGGAGUUGACAUGAUAUCACAAUGUCCUAUUUUGCCAAAACAAACUUUCGAGUACAGAUUUGUUGCUUCACCUGUUGGAACCCACUGGUAUCACUCACAUACAGGGAGUAUGCGGUCUGAUGGGUUGGCAGGUGCUCUCAUUGUGUUACCCAGGAUAAGACCAUCUAUAAGAAUCCCACGCGAACCAGUGCCUGAUGUUGAUGCCGAGUUCUCUGUUGUUCUAAUGGAUUGGAGGACACAGACUGCAAAAGAACAGAUACAGGCCGACAGAGGGGAAUUUGGCUUUUUGGAGGAAUAUGACGGGACUUGUCUGCCACUUGUUCGACAUCCAGAUGGUUCCGGAAAAUUAUUUCAACUCCGAACUGGCCUUGUGAAUGGCCGCGGACGACGAUACAUCCUUAAUGAUCCAGACAUGCCAGAGAAGCCUUACCUUCCAUUAGAGACGUUUACUGUGACACAAAACAGAUAUUACCUUUUCAGAGUGAUAAAUGCUGGAUUCGAAGCGUCUUUUGAAAUUUCAGUAGACGAUCAUUUGCUUGUCAUCGUAGCAGUUGACGGAAGUGACGUAGAACCAUUCAGAACGGAUAUUGUCACCCUAUCAAUAGGAGAAAGCUGUGAUUUCAUAAUAUUUACAGGGCGCCCCCGAGACAAUUAUUAUAUAAACUUUUUUACAACCCCGACGUUAAGGGAGACAGGGGAGGAGAUUGUAAACCGAAAACGUACCUAUGGUGUCUUGAAUUACCGGGGGGUAAAUGAGUAUCUGACACCAUUUCAACGACAGAGGUCGUGCACACAGAAUUCACCUUGCCUAGCAGUUAAUCAAGUAUACGGUCAAUACCCAGCGAACGUAAACAUAAGAAAUGUACCCAUAACAAGCCUUAAAUCAACUGAAUGGUCCUUAACGAAAAAUCCUGUUCCUAUUGUUGGACCUGGUGAUGUAAAACAGCUGUUUUUCCUUAAUUUAUUUCUAUUAGGUACAGUACCUGUUAUCAAUGGUGUUUUAUUCCGUAAACCUACCUCAACACUUCAGACAUUCCCUGGCCUGGGUGCUAUUACUCCUUGUGGCCCGGACACGUGUACUUCUGAAGACUGCAGAUGUACAUACAUCCUGAAAUUCGAGCUUGGAAAUAUAAUCGAAAUUGUUUUAUUCUCAUUCAGUAAUAUCAAAGUAGGUCACCCAGUCCAUUUACAUGGCCAUCAUUUUCAUGUCUUAAAAAUCGGAUACCCUCCGUAUGACCCAGAAACCGGAAAUGCUACUGCAAGAAACCCGGAUAUAAGAUGUUUAAAUCAGCUUUGUACAGAAGCAACAUGGGCGGAUCCAUCUUGGAAUACUGGAAAUAUUCCUGGUUUAAAUCUAGUUGAUCCUCCACUUAAAGAUUCCGUAACCGUUCCGGCCAAUGGUUACGUCGUUAUUAGACUACUCGCCGAUAAUCCUGGUUUUUGGUUGAUGCAUUGCCAUUUAACACAUCAUCAAGCUGAUGGAAUGAUUUUGGUUGCACAGGAAGGUGACAUUUCGGACAUGCCUCCAGUCCCGCCUAACUUUCCUACGUGCAGUAAUUUCCGCUUCAAUCCGGAACAAUGGUUGACGUCACUGAAUCGACAGGAAGCGAAACUUCGUGCAAAAGGAAUUAAACAAAGCUACAGAUCUGGAACAGUAAUACAGAGAUCGGGGAACCCUUCAACGCUUUGUAAUGUGUAUCCAUGGACAUGCAAAAAGCCUUUUUACUAAU